GAAACCAAACCCCCAAAGUAGAAUCCCCUCCCCUCGUCCGUUCCACUCCACUCCACCCCAUCCCGAUGGCGUCGCCGGCGCCGCCCUUCCCCGAUGCCCCGGCGGCUCCGCCCUGCAGCUCCGACGCCUCGCCGUUCAUGGAGGCGCAGGUGACCCUCCCGGACCACCUGACGGAGGACAUCCUUCUCCGCCUCACCACGGCCGCCGACCUCGCCCGCGCCUCCAUGGCCGGCCCCUCCCUCCGUCGCCUCAUAGCCGAUCACUCCUUCCUCCGUCGCUUCCGCACCCUCCACCCGCCGCCUCUCCUGGGUAUACUCUCCGACCCCUUCCUCCCAGCCCAGCCGCCCCACCCCUCCGCCGCCGCCGCCCGAUCCCUCGCCGGCACCGACUUCUCCUGCUCCUUCCUCCCCUCCCGCGAGCAGCUCUGGAUUCGUCACGACUUCCGCGACGGCCGCGCCCUCCUCUGCGUCGCCCCCGACGACCGCUGCCUGGUGACGGACGUCGCCGUGUGCGACCCGCUGCACCGGCGCUACCUACUGCUACCUCCCGUCCCUCAGGACCUGUCCGAUCUGGUCUAUUACUGCGAGCCUUUCCUUGCUCCUGCCGGCGGGGACGAGGUGCCGGCCGACGCUCCCUUCAGAUUCAGAGUCAUGUGCUUGGCCAAAUACCAGACCCAGCUGGUCAUAUUUGUCUUCUCUUCAUCUGGCCCCCAUGCCGGACAAUGGCAUGCCGUCGCAUUUGAUGGUUGGAGCACUCUGGUCGCAGGAAUCAGAGACGCUGCGCUAUCCUCCACUGCGUUCGGAAAACGCUACCACGCGCACGGAUGCUUCUGCUGGGCGAUACCUGUGAUCGGCAAGUUGCUCAUGCUCGACAUUGCCACGAUGGAGUUCUCCUCCGUCGACCUCCCACCUAGUCCCUGGAGUAAUUACCAGAUGGCCUUUGUGGAGGCAAGGCAAGGGAGGCUUGGGUUGUUUGCUGUCAGCCACAAUCGCCUCUUGUAUUCCAUUUCGGGGAGCAUUGAGGAUGACCCAAGGCUGUGGCUAAUGGGGGCUGUAGUCCCAUUAUCCCUUGAUUACGCCUAUGACAUCAUUGGUGUAGCUGGGGGAUACUUACUCCUACAUGGGUAUCCAGACAGCCCGGAGUCAUCAUUUGAAUUGCCCGAGCCCGACUGCUUUUCGCUGGAUCUCCAGACUAUGAAGCUUGAGUGGUUCUGUGAGACUGGGUGGAUAAUGCCAUUGAAGAACCAACUACUGUAUGCGGGUUUCCCGUCAUCCUUGUCUCCACCAACUAUUUGAAGGGGGCUUGAUCCGCUGCGUAUUGGACUCUGUUUUGCUUCUGGCUGAUCAUUGCAAGGAAGGGUGACACAUACAUGAAGCAAUUGUCUGCGUUUGGCUCGUUGACCCGAGUCUCGCCUCCGGUCCUUUCAUGUCCUCAAAGCCCACAUGCAUGCUAGCUACAUGUUGGUUGAUUUGGCAUGUGUGCGCAACUCGAGUGUGUUCAUAUUAGAUGGGUAGAUGGGUCGUCCACCGGCCGACCUGCCUCGUAUAUAUUAGAGAUGGGUUCUGCAGACUGCAGUCUCUAGCUACUGUUAAUUUGCAUGUUUACUUCCAUGUAGUCUCUCUUGUUUGUUGCUGUUAUUUGGCCAUUUGUAAAUUGCUACGAGUGCCAAGUCCUAGAGGCAGAUGAUGCUGCCUACAAGAGGGGGUCUCCGGUGCUCCAUGACCGUGUUUUCUGUUUAUUUCCAGGGUUCUUUGCCAGCAGCUUUGAUCAAUGCAGAAAAAGAAUAUAUCCAUUUGUUGACGAA